GUAUUUUCAUUUCCAAUCACGAAUUUAACUGUUCGAAGUUCACUACGCAGCUGUGAAAAUCGAAAAUGGCUGCCAUCUUGGCUCGCAAAUCUCUCUUUGCCAUUCGCGCUCGCCAGCUCGCCAUGGCCGGGCAGGCCAUUCGGGAUCCUGUCCGCAUUGGGAUGAUAUGCUGUGAGCGCACAUUUGCCACAAAACACUCAUUUUCUACUGACAAAGAUGAUGAAGAAAGAGAAAAGCUUGCUAGGGAGAUAUCAAAGGAUUGGAAUUCAGUUUUUGACCGAAGCAUCAAUACUUUAUUCCUCACUGAAAUGGUCCGGGGUCUGAUGUUGACACUCAAGUACUUUUUCGAGCCCAAAGUUACUAUUAAUUAUCCUUUUGAGAAAGGUCCUCUGAGCCCGCGCUUUCGUGGAGAACACGCUCUUCGACGUUAUCCUACUGGAGAGGAACGUUGUAUUGCCUGCAAACUCUGUGAAGCCAUUUGCCCUGCUCAAGCGAUUACCAUUGAAGCUGAGGCUCGAGAAGAUGGGAGUAGGCGAACAACCAGGUAUGAUAUAGACAUGACCAAAUGCAUCUACUGUGGCUUCUGCCAAGAAGCUUGCCCUGUCGAUGCCAUUGUUGAAGGACCUAACUUCGAAUUUGCUACUGAGACCCACGAG